AUGGCUUUGUCGAAAGAAGUGGAAGCCACGCAGAACAGCUCACGCCACCAAGACCGAGACGAUCUUUCGGAUGCUGCUUCAUCACGAGCUGAGGAGCAGACACUCCAUGGAGACGACCUUCCCUCUUAUGAAGAUGCACAGCCAGAUGGUGCAAGCAAAGGUCUCCCUAGAGAGAAGGACGUCCAGGCCGAUGCUACUAGCAAAGACCUCGCUAAAGAAAAGAAUGCCAAUGGGGAGCCGAUCGGUCCCACGGCAUCUGCUCCAUUCAAUUUUCCCAAUGCCGAGCUCCCGACAUACACACUGGCCGCAGCGAAUGCCAUCAACAAGCCAUUGGCAAUACCCCAAGUGUCACCUGGUCCGAGCGCUCCACUCCUCGCUGCCUAUCCCACCAAUCUGAUCAACUAUGGAAUUCCUCCAGACUCAUGGUACAGUUUCCUAAACACCACAUCCGCCUUUCUCUCCGCCAAUGUCUCUAAGCAAGCCCUUCAUCAUGCCGCAGACGUGGGCCAUGCUAUGGGCGACUUCCAGAAGCAGUAUGCGAACCAUGUGAAGAAGAGUGUGAAAGCCAUGGGCAAGUCAGCAAAGUCUUUCAAUCCUUUUGGUGUCUUUGGUGGCUUCGUCGGCCUAACCGUCGGCGCUGCUUCUCAUGUUGUCGGUAGCGUUAUGAGCGCUCCGUUUUCAGCCAUGAAGAAACCUCAGACUCCACGCCAACGCGCUCUGGCAUAUCUGGCUACAGCCAAUCUGCCUACACAAGCCAUUGGCUCCUUUGCGACGAUGACGGCGGUGGCCAUGGUCGGGAAUGAAUGGUACAGCACAAAGACAUCUAGGGAGACACUCACGCACCACAUAGCUGUUGAAUACUGA